AGCACUAAGGCGUUGCUUGAGCUGUGAGCUUCAUUAUUUUUAUUGGAAGAUUGACGUCUAGGGUGUUAAUAUCUUGUGAUAGCUAUUAGAAAUUUCCCUAAACAUUUAUGCCCCUUCUGUGUUCAUUUACCUUAACUGGCCUUAGCUCUAGUGAUAACCGUGACCAUGUUUUUCUCAAAAAUUGCUACGAGUAUCGGAGUCGGAAUGGUUUCGGUGGGAAUGGUUCAUGGCUUUAGAAUGUUGUUUGGUGGAGGAGGUAAAGUCGUGGAUUGGGAAAAUGCGAAGACAUUUUUUGAGCUGGGAGCGCGGGAUAUUGACGGAAACUGGAUUAAUUUCGAGAGAUACAGGGGAAACGUUUGUUUGGUCGUUAACGUUGCCUCUAAUUGAGGCAAGACUGCGGUGAACUAUCGUCAAAUGGUUACGUUGCACGAGAAGUACGCCGCUGAUGGAUUCAGGAUUCUUGCGUUUCCAUGCAAUCAAUUCGGUCGCCAGGAGCCUGGAACUGGAGCAGAAAUUCGGGAAUUCGUAAGGAGUUACGGAGUCCAGUUCGAUCUUUUUGCCAAAGUAGACGUGAAUGGAUCUGGCGCUCAUCCGGUUUGGAAGUGGUUGAAAGAGAAGAGAGGGGGUUUCUUUGGAAGUUUCAUCAAGUGGAAUUUCACCAAAUUUGUGGUCAAUCGUGAAGGGGCGCCGGUUUUGCGUUUUGGACCAAAAGAAAAUCCUUUGCAUACGAACGACUUUCCGCUCUACACGGAAGCAAUCAAGUUUUUUAAUCAUUCGGAGAGUAUGGUGCGGAUUGCUGUUCGAACCUUGACCCUCAAUGUGUACAAGGUGGAUGACAAGUCCAUGCUGAAAUUCAUCAGGGACAAAACUGCGGCCCCUUACUUUUCUAACCUCGUGUGGUUUAUUGGGAAUCAUGUGCUGGAGCUGGAUGCCUGUGUUAGGCAAGAUGCUGGGCACCAGAGCCAAGGGCGAUUGUCAGACUUGGUGGCAGAACACUUGGACCACAUGCAUUACCUCAAUGAUAUUCUUUGCUUGUCGAUCAAGACCUUGAAUGAAGUUCUCGUCGACCACUUGGUGCAUCGGCUCCUCGUUCCUCUUUACGUCUUCUCGCUGACGACGAGACGACGCCUGGAACAUCUGGUUCAAUCGUCGACGUCGUCGUUUGAUUCGGAAGAGUCGGACAUCCUCGGGUUACCGAACAGACCAAGAGUGGAUUCUGUUGUCAGUUUGUUCCUCCUCAGUCAGGUCUUCCUCAUCAUUGCACAUGUGCCGCUGGCGAGAGCGCUCGCGAAGAUAAUUUUUCACGGCAACAUGGAGAUUUUCUGGACAGAUUCUCGUCUGUGGAGAUCCCCGCCGGUGGAACAAACGACAGCGUCGCGUUGCAGUCCCCUAGUUUUCAGUCCCCCGGCGGAAAGUUUGGAGGACUCGCUUAGAGAAGGUGGGGCGAAGUCUCCGUCGUCGUCACCUGUUCCUGACGGAGCCGUCGAACAACUGUCUGCUGAGGAUGAAUUCGUUACAGUUGCUCAAUCUGCGGAAGCACGCUGUGAUGUUGAACAUGUGAUGCAAGGGAUGAAUAUUACUGACGAAGAGAAGGAGCAGCAAAUGGCGUCUCUGGAAGUAGACUCCGGAACAGCUUCCGGCGUAUCUGGAUUUACGCUAAGUUCGAGACCAUUCCUGGAAGCGAUCCUCAAUGCUCUGGAAGUCACAGAGGACGAUUAUUCUGCAUUGUUUAGCCUAUGUCUAAUACAUUCAAUGUUGGCGAAUGAAGGGCUCGCUGAGGCGGAAUUUUUCGCCGCCUCUGACGGAGGCAGUCAGCCUAGCCCGAAGAGAAACUCUCCAUUUUCGACAGCAGAAUUGACUGCGGAUGCGAAAUUCUGGUUCUCAAUUCACUUGAUUGACCGGCUGGUUAAAUUGCUGUGCGCCUCGAGUUUUCCAAAUAGCAAGUUGCGCUUGGCGACAAUCGAGCUUGGUGUCCAAUUGUUGGUCAAAGUCGCUGCUGACCGCCAUCUAGUAGUUGACAAAUGCAAGACUCUUGUGCAAGAUUCCCAACUUGCUGCCCUGGAAGGGGCCAAAGAAGAAGCUACGCUUCAGCUGCGGAAUUUUUACAAGAGCGAGGAAAUUUUUCUCGACAUGUUCGAAGAUGAAUACAACGAGCUCAAGUCGCGUCCGUUGAACGUGGAACAGCUGAUGAUGGAUGCCAAACUCCUGCUUCCUCCGACGCCUACUCCGAUGACGGGAAUAGAGUUUUCCAAACGACUGCCAUGUGGAGAAGUUGAAAGAACACGACGUGCUAUCAGAGUGUUCUUCCUGUUAAGGGACCUAACGCUGAAUCUUUGCGGGGAACCCGAAACUGAACUACCUUUGACCAAUUUGCAGCAGUGUUAUCACGUCAAUGACGUGCUUGACUUGAACAAUAGUGACAUCAUUGGUUGCGUUAUGGUGACCAAGGACAGACCAGCGAAGAUCAGGCGAUAUUUAGCGAUUGAGUCUCUUCAGCUAAUCGUUGUUGAGCCACAUCCGAGGAAACUUGGUUGGGGUGUAGCGAAUUUCGUUGGUUUUCUGCAGGACAUGGAAGUUACUGGGGACAGAGAUGAUUCGAGAAGUUUGCAUGUAGUCUUCAGUCGCUCUGGAGAAACUGGAGCCAAGCCUGCGAAAGGGCCCGUUAUGACGGCCAAAUUUCUGUUCGAGGAUCACAUCCGUUGCAUGGCAGCAAAACAAAAACUGACGAAAGGCAGGCAGCUAGCGAGACAGCGGAAACUGCAGCAGAUUGCCAAAGUCCUGGAGCUUCCUGGAGAGGUGACCAGUCGCAAGUCGAGUUCCAGUUCUUCCUUCUCGCUUUCUAUGUCUUCCGUGCACCGAUUUGAUCCCAGAGCGCGUCGUGGACUCCAUCGAUGUAAUGCAGUUGAUGUGACGCAUACUCCAGGCAGAAGCUCGAGUGUCAGACAUAUGGAAACGUCUUCGCCGCAAAGGAUGUUUCGCUUGGGUAUGCAGAGGGUCCCUGGCAGUGCGGCCCCUGCUACUGCUGUUGUUUCGAACAUGCGGCAGCACUCGCCCAACAGAAACAAGUUCAACACCAUCCGUGCAGAAGACGUGUCACCAGUGGAGGAAGCGUUGUCAGUGGAAUGCGGCAUUUCAGGUCAGCGGGUUAAAGCAACUUCGGCUUCGACGGAUUUGAGAGUAGGUUUGGUAAACGGCAGUGAACGGGGAAGCGACCUGACUGCGUCCCAGUCAGGGGACUCUGAUUUUGUGACGGGGGGCUUUCAAGGGCUGUGUUUAACGUCGGUAUCGGAUGCAGACUCUGAUAAGGACGAACCACGGAUGAUUCCGCUGUCCCAAGUCCGAGCGCGCUUCAGACGUCCGGAUAGUCCAGUCGUCGAUGCGGUGGUUGACGUUGACGAGCGUGUUCCGUCGGGAUUCGCGAAAAGUUCAUUGAAGUACGGGUACAAGGAGUCUAGAACAGGAUCUUUCCCAUAUGAAGAGCACCAGCAGCAACCGAUGAUGGCGAGGCUGAAUCGCGGUCGAUCUCGGCACAGUUCUGGCUGUGAAGACGCGGAGUUCUCGGACACAAAUAGGAAUAGUCCGAACCCGAUGGUGUUCGUGCCUUGCCUUGUGAACGAACGACUGUUCAAGUGUGAAUCCUGCUCCUUCUUUUCUUGUGGAUAUCCCAGACAGAAGCCUGUACGAGGAGGAAAAAAGAAAAACUGGGAAACCGACUGUCUCAAGACAUGGGCAAUUGUUUGGAGGACGAAUUCUUCUGUGAAGGAAACUGUUGUUGGAGAACAGUUCGGGUUGAAGUUUUGUUUUAUGAGGAAAUCUUUGAUGUGCGUUGGCCAGUGUGGGUAUUUUUAUGCUCAAGUGAUGGACCUCAGUGUGGAUAGAAACACGAACGGCUUGAUAGGAAACACGUUGGAGGCCCUGUUGUCGUCAUGCGCAUCGACAAGAAAUUAUGCCGAGAGCCAGUUGAAGGCUUUCGAAGUGGUGGAAGAUUUUGGGAUACACUUGGCGUCUAUCGCGUUGGACAACACGGGGUUCCAGCCGGUGGCCAUGCGUCAAAUCGCGUCAGUUUUGUUGCAUCAGUAUAUCGAUGCCCACUGGAAUUCUGCGAGUGGAAAAUUUGUGAAGCCAGAAACGCCUGAAGAAAUCAAGCAUCGACUCAGGUCGAUCUUGCCCCUGGGCCUAUCUGACACGGAGUCAAAAGUGAGGACUUCAGUUGCCUUCGCAAUUGCGUCCAUUGCCGUUUGGGACUGGCCCGACGACUGGCCUAAUCUGGCUGCUUUAUUGGUGGAGCACGAGAACGUUACCUCGGAGUUUGUGCAAGGAUCCAUGCAAGUGUUGUGUGACAUGUCGAGAAAUAUCAGUAGCGAGUCUCAAAUGUUGGAGUUCGUACCUCUAGUUAUCCCUCAUUUGUACCGAGUCUUCGCCGAGAGAGAGAAAUACGGUAGUGAAACGAGGCUACAGUCCGUUUCCACGUUCACCAGGAUGGUGGAGUCCAUUGUGAAGCUUGGAGAGUCGGACAAAGACUGCGCCAAAGCCUUUCUGUAUCCAGUCGUCCCUUCUUUCUCGGCAGCUCUGGUUUCGGCCUUGGAAGAGCCCGGGGAUGAUCUCGAGCUGAGGGCUGAAAUUUUGACGUGCCUGAAAGUGCUGGUGAAAAGUUGUCCCAAACUGAUGAGUCAUUACGCUGUUCAAGUUCUGCAGCCAGUUUGGAAAGCCUUGACUCAAUGUGCUGAUUUUUACUGUCAAGGAACAGAAGGAAGUACUGCUGAUGGAUUGGAAGAAUUCAUUUACGCCUUAUUCAACUUCGUUGCCGAACUUGUUCAGUCUGCCAAAUUCCGAACCUCUGUCGUAUCAAGUCUGCCCGAUUUGAUGUACUAUGUGCUCAAGUACAUGCAGAUCACUGACGAUCAGGUAGCUGUCUGGUCAUCGGAUGUGGAGAAGUUUGUUGAAGACGAAGAUGAGGAGAGCUUCACUUAUUCUGUCAGAAUAGCUGCGCAAUGCAUGCUUUUGAAUCUCUUCGAAGACCUGGGCUCGGAAAGUAAAGAAGCCCUGUUUCUGGGGAUGAAGCGACAUCUGGAUGAUGCUGGCAAGAUGUUCGAGACGGACCCACGUGGACACUGGUGGAAGGUGCAUGAAUCUGCUUUCUUGGCUGUCGGAGUUGUACAUGAGUUCGUGGCGGAUGCGGAUUCUGCACCAUUUCUGAGAGAAUUGGUGGAUAACUACGUGUCCCACGACUUGUCCUUGAGGGGUUAUCCGUUCUUGCACGCAAGAUGCCUGUGGCUGACGAGCAGGCUCGUCAAGAUCCUCCCGGUGGAAACCGCAAGGAACUUUCUGGGAGCUGUAGUCAGCACUUUACAACCGUCUAAUGUUGCUGUGAUGCGUGUUUCGGCUGCUGCUGCGUUGUACGGCUUUGCAACUUGUGCUGGCCUUGCAGUUGACUUUAGACAAGCCCUGCCGACGAUCAUGGAGCAGUUGUUGCAGCUCUGCACAGGGUAUGACGAGGCAGUCAUGUGUUUGACUCUGGAGCAGCUGCCGCACUGUCUGGCGGCUGAUGCCAAGUUCACUGCGCAUAUCGAGCCCAGAAUCACUAGCUUACUCAUGGACGUGUUUAGCAAGCGUAGCAAUGAUCCAGUGAUGGCGUCUUUAUGUGAGGAGUUGUUCACGGUUUUGGCUAAGAAUAGUCUGUGUCGGGCCGCGAUGGAGGAGAAAUUGGUGCCGCAUUUCUCCGCGGUGCUGUGUGCCGAAGGAAGUCCGGAAAACACUCCUGCCAUGAAGAGGGUGAUCCUCAAGGUGCUCAGGUGCUUCGUGAGGCAUUCCCGAGUUCCGCUCUCCCGGCUGUUGAUGAACGAAGCGUUUCCGGCAGUGGUACAAGCCGUGCUGAACACGGAGGAUGAAGCGCACACGACAGUUGCAGGCUGCGAGUGUUUGCAAGCUUUCGUUUCCGUCAGCCCCGAACAGGUGAUCGGAGCAUCGGGUUUGCAGCACCUGAUGCAUGUCGCCACGCAUCUACUGAACCUCAGAACUGCCGAAGGUUGCGGGUCCGUCGUUGGCCGUCUUGUGACAGUCAUGUUCACGAAGUGUGGGUCGCAAUUGAGCGACGAGCACGUGGAUCACCUGCUCAAGGCAGUUUUGACCAAAAUGCAAACUUGCCAAACUCAGGCCGUCAUGCAGACAUUGUUGAUGGUGUUUGCAUACGUCAUGUUGCAUCAGUUGGAAGUUGGAAUCAACUUCCUCAGCGCAGUUCCCGGCCCCACUGGAAAGUCAGCAUUGGACUACGUAUUGCAGGAAUGGUGCGCCAGACACUGCCUGUUUUCCGGGAGCUACGAAAUCAAAGUCAGUACCGCAGCGCUUUUCCGCGUAUUCGAGCACGGAGUGCGUACUGAAGACAAGCACCUGACUGCGAUAUUUUUCGCCAAGGAAGGAGUGCCGAUUUUGGCCAAAAUUUUCAAAAUAUUGGUGGAUCAGUUAGCAGUGUGUAGAAGCCUAAGGCUCGCCAAAAACGGAGUUUCUUUCAAUGGAAUGCAAUACCUUACGGGUGCUUUCGAGGAGUCGGACAACGGUUGGGAAGAUGACGACGAUGACGAAGAAGAGGAUGGGCUAGAUGUGAAUUCUGGCAAGAAGUGUGGAGGGGAGACGACUGCGUGCAUGACGCUCGACCAGGUGCUCAGUGACGAGGGUAAUCGGAAAUUGGCGCAGAUUGUGAUGAACGAAGUGGACGGCGACAGCGAAGAAGAAUGCGACGACCCGGACGUGCUGGCGGACCCGUUGAACGCUGUGGACCUGGAAAAGUUCAUCCGCAAGCGCUUGCAAGAGUUCUCGCGACAACGGAGCUUCCACUCGUUUGCUUGUCAGCUUGGUCCCCUGGAAAGACGAAUCCUAGAAAAGUGCAUUGAAGAGCCGGUUUGACAUUCAUAAACCGAUUCAUGUGUGGGAAGCCUCUCGAUGACCGGUAAUAAACUGAAUUCGGGUUC